AGUGUUGAAAAUCUGCCCUGUGCUUCCCGCUCUGAGGCUGUCCUUCUGGUAGAGUCACGUGGAAGAUUUGGGACGGACAGCCCGGCCUGGGCCUUCCCUCUGUGGGCCAGCGAGCUCCCGUCCCUGCCGUUUCCCGAGGGCCCCCAGCGCUGCAAGUCUCAUGGGGACCUCGGCACCCCCUUUCCGGGAGCUCCCAGACCAGCACCCCUCUCAGCCGCAUUGCAACGCUGCAGCUAGGCAGACAGGGUGGGGCUAGGCAGGGAGUGGGCCAGAGUCAUGCCAGGAGUGGGCCACGGGCCACUUGCUUCUCGGAAGUUCCCUGUGUGUUGAAAAUGAGAGAAAUGUCACAUCACGUUAGCCCAGGCUGUGGCAUUUUCAAACUGUUUACACUGAGCCCGGGCUGCGGCAUUUUCAAACUGUUUACACUGAGCCCAGGCUGCGGCAUUUUCAAACUGUUUACACUGAGGCCAGGCUAUGGCAUUUUCAAACUGUUUACACUGAGCAUGCUGGUGUCUUCUGCCCCCACAGUCCAGGGUAUCCGGCGCCUUCUCAAACACCGGACGCACGUGGACUGCCGAUCUGUGGGCUCAACCCUGCAGCCCAGUGAAGCCCGUGACAUGAGUGUGCGUUGCGGUAACCAGACCUACGUCCACGUGAGGGGCUGCGGGUGUGAGUCUCAGGACAAACGCACCUCCCCCAACCGCCGGGCAGGGGAAGUUCUAGCCCACCCUGCACGUAGUCAGCUUGUUUGUUUUAAUAAUUUCCCUCUUCGAAUGUGAUGUUUUGUUUAUCGUCACAUAAAAAGCAAAACCAGACCCCCUCCCUGAGCCCUGCCGAGGAGGUCCUGGGUAGCUGGCCCUUCCCUGAGUGGCAGCCCGUCUCCUCCCACUCAGGUAGGGCCAGCGGCAUUGGAGUUGCUGGAGCAGCUGGUCAGCUCAGCUUGCUGCUGGGAGGGACACUGUCUGGACUAGGUUGCACGGAGUGUCAGUGGCGGACGGGGCUGCCCACCUGUCCCACUCGCUGGUAGUCUCCUGGCAGGCUGACUGUGCUGGUGAGGACUGUGACUUCUGGGCCUGGGCCCAGGGCUCCCAGCAUGCUUUGGACUGACCAUUCCUGUUCCAGGAAACAUUCGGGCGACUGCCCUGUCUCCUUCAGCCACGGCACGCUCUGCUGCUCGGCCAACCCUGCUGGAUCUGAUAACAUCUUUCCACAUUUCAAACCCUGACUCCUGGAAAAGGAGACCAUGCCUGUCACCUGCCCUCCUCACCUGGCACACCUUCUGUCUGUCAGGGCGCCCAGGAAGAAGGAGAGGCUGCCAGGUGACCACUUCGGCUGAGUUCGUCCCCUUCCGUGCAGAGGGUUCAGUACUUUUCCAAGGCCUUUUUCCUGGGGGCUGAAUCAGCAGCAUCCCCUCCUUAUCCCUGUGCAGAAGGGAGGCUGAGCAGCUCCUGGCUGAGGUGAGAGGCUGAGCGCCUCCUGGCCAAGAUGAGAGACUGAGCAUCUCCUGGCCGAGGUGAGAGCCGGCCUGCUGGUCUCCACCGAGGACUCCCCUCUCCUCUCAACCUUGCAGAUGGGGGGAGAAAAAUCCCAGUCUUCCCAGGCUGCCCAGCACUGCUGGCUUCUGGCAACCCUUGAGGUGUCCCUUGCAGCCCCUGUGAGCCACCUGGCUCUGAGAAGCCUGCAUGGCUAGGCCAGGGGACUGAAGCCACAGAUGCCUCCUGCUGUCAGCAGUAGACCCGAUCUUCUCAGGCGUUUACUGGCUGCAAAAAUGUCCCCCCUUCCCCUCACCCUCACCUGCGGACCCCCUGGGAUCAUCUUGCUCCCACUUCUUACUCUGCAGAAAGGGAAACUGAGGCCUAGGGCCACCCAGUAAGCACUCUUUCUGCUCCCCUCAUGGGUCAGGGGAUGUCUCACCAGGGCACAGCAGAGCACUUGAUGGUGGUGAUGAUGGUGAUAAGGAUGGCUGAUGGCCGAGGUUUCAUGUGGAGGUGAGGCGGGGUGCCCUGGAAUCUGGGGUCCCGGUGGCUGUCGGGCUCAUCUGAAUGCGUGGCAGAGGGCAGAAGACUCCAGGAGCAUUUCAGAGCCUCUUCCAGGAGUGGGACAUGGACAGAAAGCGUGUCAUCACCACGUCUCUGAACUUCCUGGACUGUUCUAGGAAAAGGGGCAUCCAGAAGCCAGGGACAGCACGCAGGUGGCCUGUGAGGCAGAUUGGCUUGGCCUGGAUGUCAAAGCUAUGAGGAUCCCAGAGCAGGCUGCCUCGGGGCUGGGAAUAGAGCUGCUACACAGCCAGGUCAUUGGAAAGCCCCAAGUAUGAAAUGCAGGGAUCAGGAACUGUGCUACAAUGAGAUUGGCCUCGAGGCAGGGCCUGGUCCCUUCUCAGUGCAGCACGUCUUGGAGCCACCUGGAUUCCACGUGCAUGAACUGCUCAGAGGAGUAGGCAGGGGAAGGAGAGAGGGACAACGGCCAAAUCAUUGGCAGAUAGAAAAGCUCACAUUUUAGCAUCACACACGUUGUCACUGUACCUCAGGUGAUAAUAGCGCAGUAUGCAUUCACAGCCACAGUGGUGGAGAUGAUGGUGAUGACGGUGAUGAUGGUGAUGACGGUGCUGAUGGUGAUUGUGAUGGUAAUGAUGGUGAUGAUGGAGAUAAUGGUGAUGGUGAUGAUGAUAACGAUGGUAAAAAUGAUGACGAUUACGAUGGUGGUGAUGAUCAUGGAAGAAGUGGGGGUGAUAGUGGUGAUGAUGAUGGAGGUAAUGGCGAUGGUGAUGAUGAUGGUAGUAAUGAUGGUAAUGAUGGUGGAGGUGAUACUGAUGGUGACAGUGAUGAUAGCCAUGGCAGAGGUGAUGGUGAUAGUGAUGAUGAUGGUGGUGAUGGUGAUGAUGGUGAUGAUGAUGGAGGCGAUGGUGAUGAUGAUGAUGAUGGUAGUAAUGAUGGUAAUGAUGGUGGAGGUGAUACUGAUGGUGAUAGUGAUGAUGAUGGUGGAGGUGAUGGUGAUAGUGAUGAUGAUGGUGGUGAUGGUGAUGAUGGUGAUGAUGAUGGAGGUGAUGGCGAUGGUGAUGAUGAUGAUGAUGGUAGUAAUGAUGGUAAUGAUGGUGGAGGUGAUACUGAUGGUGAUAGUGAUGAUGAUGGUGGAGGUGACGGUGAUAGUGAUGAUGAUGGUGGUGAUGGUGAUGAUGGUGAUGAUGAUGGAGGUGAUGGCGAUGGUGAUGAUGAUGGUAGUAAUGACGGUAAUGAUGGUGGAGGUGAUACUGAUGGUGAUAGUGAUGAUGAUGGUGGAGGUGAUGGUGAUGAUGUUGAUAAGGAUGGUAAUGAUGGUGGAGGUGACAGUGGUGGCAAUGGUGAUGAUGAUGAUGAUGAUGAUGGUGUUGGUGAUGAUGAUGAUAAAGAUGAUAAUGAUGGUGGAGGUGAUGAUCGUGAUAGAGGUAAUAGUGAUAGUGACGAUGAUGGUGGAGAUGACGGUGAUGAUGAUGAUAAGGAUGAUAAUGAUGGUGGAGGUGACGGUGAUGAUGUUGAUAAGGAUGGUAAUGAUGGUGGAGGUGACAGUGGUGGCGAUGGUGAUGAUGAUGAUGAUGAUGAUGGUGUUGGUGAUGAUGAUGAUAAAGAUGAUAAUGAUGGUGGAGGUGACAGUGGUGGCGAUGGUGAUGAUGAUGAUGAUGAUGAUGAUGGUGUUGGUGAUGAUGAUGAUAAAGAUGAUAAUGAUGGUGGAGGUGAUGAUCAUGAUAGAGGUAAUAGUGAUAAUGAUGAUGAUGUGGAGGUGAUGGUGGUGAUGGUGAUGGUGGAGGUGAUGGUGAUGAUGUUGAUAAGGAUAAUGAUGAUGGAGGUGACAGUGGUGGUGAUGAUGAUGAUAGAGGUGAUGGUGGAGGUGAUGAUGAUGUGGAGGUGAUGGUGAUGGUGGUAGAGGUGACAUUGAUAGAAAUGGAAGGAAUGAGGUGGCAAGAGCUCAAGGCUGCAGAUAGAUCUAGACUUCUCUGGACAAUUCUUCGACUGAGUCCUCAUUCAUUCAUUUGUUUAUGAAACACCUGUUCGGAAGCAAGCCCUUGGCCAGGCAUGUGAUCCAGAAAACUGAACACUCUUGCCCUGGGGCCCUCCCCCCUUGAGUCCAGCGAACAAUGCCACCCAUUGUGGCCCGGGCCAAGCACUCCUUAGGGAAGAGCCACAUUCUGCCUCAGGCUCCAGGAAAGCCCCAUAGAGGGGCUGAGACAGACCAUGGCAGGGCUGGCAGGGGGCACGUGCGAAGGCAGCCGGCGGAGGGCUGCGGGCUUGAGUCUGGCUUCCUGAGCACGUCCUCCCUGAGCAGGGGGCGGGGGUGAGGUAGAGGAGGGGCAGGUGCUGGAGAGCUGACUCGUAUUCUAGAGGGAACUGGUGAGGUUUCUGCACCGAUUGGAAGAGCCCCAAGUGGGGCCAGGGCUUACGGGCUGGGGUCAGCUUCAGGGGUGAAUUGUCCUGAAGGGAUGGUUUGCUGGAAGCUGAUUUCUUCCUUGCCUCUGGGGCUGCUCCCUCCCUGCUUCCUCCUGCUGGGGGCACCUGGGUCUGGCCCCUUCCCUGGGGCUUCCAGCCCAGCUGUGGCAGGAAGUGGCCCAAGUGCCUCGGGAGCGGAGCUGGGAGCAGAACACAGGGUCAGGUGGGAACCACCAGAUGGGAUGUGCUUUAAUGACCGGAUUUGUGCAGGUGACUCAAGUCAGCAAGUCAUUCGUCUUCUGUGUGAGCUUUGAGUCUCUUUGCGGUGAGGAAAUCAGACUUCGCCUUUUCAGGGCCACUAAAUGCGCUUUCCCAGCCCCCUCUGCAAGGCUAUGCCAAGGAAAGAUGGAUGGAGCCGGGUCUUAAUCCCCUUCUCGCCAAGAGGCCUACGACAGCGCUGUUCUGUGGGGGUUGUGUGUGUGUGUGCACUCCUGUGAGUGUGCAUAUAUGUGAAUGCACACAUGUGCAUUUGUGAGUGUGCGAGUGUGUGAAGGUGUGUAUGCACAUGUAUCUGUGCACAUGUUAAUGUGCAUCCACUGCGAGUGCCCGUGUGUGAGUGUGCAGGUGUGUGUGUGUGCUCAGGUGUGUGUGUGUGUGCAUGAGUGGGUGUGUGUGUGCAUGAGUGUUUGUGUGUGCAUGUGCACGCGUGUUAAUGUGCAUCUGUGUGUGUGCAUACUGUAGUGGGUGGUCAGAACUAAACCACCCAGCUUCCAGGCCCAGCCCCAUGCCGACGCUCAGUGGACAUCGCCUGGGCCUGCCCCUCCCUGGGCCUCAGUUUCCCCAGAGGCCCCCUGAGCUCUGGCAGGCCUGGAGAGCUGUGUGUGGACGUCCCAUUGUACUUCAUCUGCUACGGAGAUGUCCACAUCACCACGCGGUGAGCUCCUGCAGUGUACCAGGCCCUGUGUGUGCCCGUCCCAUAACAGCUCUGGGAGGCAGCUGCUCUUUUUCUCCCUCUGGGGUUUGGAACCCGGGCUGGCGAGGGUCAGUGGCAGCAGCAAGAUGAACACCCAGACCUGGAGAUGUGCUGUCUGUGGGCCUGGGGACGCGGAUCUGACAGAUGCCCUUCUGCAGGCCUUGUGCAUACAGGGCAAGGGGCGUCUGCAGGACGGAAUGAUUCCAGAGGGUCUUCCUGGAGGCGGUGGCCAGGACAGUCCUGACUGAGGAAGCAGAAGGAGGAGGGUGAGAAGGGAGGGCAGGCGGGGCCGCGGGCUGGGGAGACAGCGCUGUUCAGUGCACUGGGAGCCGGUGAGCUGGGCGGGAAGGUGGACUCGGCCCCCUCCAUCCUGGCCAGGGAGCGGGACGGACAGUUGGCAGACACCAGAGGCCUCAGAAGGCCCCAUUCUCAGAGCUGCACUGCACGCCGCUAGCCAGGUGUGCCCAUUAGAUUUAAGAUAAAAUCAGAUUUAAACUCAGUUUCUGGAGGCUCUGGUCACAUUUCGAGUGUUUCACAGCCACGUGUGGCUAGUGGCUGCCGAGUUGGACAGCGCAGAAGGUCACAUCCAUCACGGAGGAAGCACCGAUGGACAGGCUGGGCUGGGGGUGAGAAGGUGACCCCAGGUGCCCACACCAAGGGGCAGGCUCAGAGGGACAUGGAGUGGCUGUGUGUCCAUGGGACCUGGCUGGUGCGAGAACAGCUGCCCCCAAGACAGUACCUACAAGAAACCUGCGCCACCGGGAGACCUGUGCCACCCGGGAGACCUGUGCCAUGGGGAGACCUGUGCCACCCGGGAGACCUGUGCCAACCGGGAGACCUGUGCCACCGGGAGACCUGUGCCACCCGGGAGACCUGUGCCACCGGGAGACCUGUGCCACCCGGGAGACCUGUGCCAACCGGGAGACCUGUGCCACCGGGAGACCUGUGCCACCCGGGAGACCUGUGCCACCGGGAGACCUGUGCAACCCGGGAGACCUGUGCCACGGGGAGACCUGUGCCACCGGGAGACCUGUGCCACCCAGGAGACCUGUGCCACCCGGGAGACCUGUGCCACCCGGGAGACCUGUGCAACCCGGGAGACCUGUGCCACGGGGAGACCUGUGCCACCGGGAGACCUGUGCCACCCGGGAGACCUGUGCCACCCGGGAGACCUGUGCCACCCAAGAUACCGGUGCCACCUGGGAGACCUGGGCGCCGCCUCUGCAGUGGAUGUUCCGGGAGCUCACAAUUUCCUAACAGCUUUAUCCGGCACCCAGUGGUGCAGGGCUUUGCCCCAGGGGCCCACAGUGAAUUCUGACUGCCCAGAAUUCAAUGAGUGGCUGAGGAUUUUGUAAAGAAAAUAAUAAUAAUAAUUAUUAUUAUUUGGAGACAAAGUCUCACUGUGUCAUCCAGACUGGAUUGAAGUGGUCACUGCAGCCUUGGCCUCCUGGCCUCAAGUGAUCCUCCCAUCUCAGCCUCCUGCGUAGCUGGGACCACAAGUGUGUGCCACCACGCCCAGCUAGUUUUUUUAUUUUUCAUAGAGCUGGGGUCUCACUAUGUUGCCCAGGCUGGUCUUGAACCCCUGGGCUCAUGCUAGGCCGUUCUGGAGAGUCACUGUGCAGACGUAACGCUCGAAGUUUACAGAAAACAAAUCUUGCCUCCAUCUGGAGUUCUCUUUUUCCAGCUAAAAGUUACUAAAAUCUAGAAGAACUAGUGUUCUGUGGAAUGAGUUUUGCUCAAAGCCAAUCCUUCCAAGUUGAAAACGACGACGACUUCUUAACCUCAAAAAUAUCUAACACUCCAGAAUUUACCACCCCUGGAACUGCGGGCUGACUGCAGCAGACCGUUGGUUUGACCUUUAGUGUUUUAGAAAAAUGAAAUCCAUUUGCCAGUGCUUAAAAACUGGGAGAUUCCACAAGGUCUAGACUCUUUCUCUUGAACCUCAGGAUCCUGGCCAGUCUGGGCCUCGGCUCUGCAGGGCGACUUUGGCGGGCAGCAUAUUCAGUUUGCCGCCGCACCUGCCACUGCCCUGCCCUGCACCCCGACCCUCCUUUGCUGCUGGUUUCAAAAGCACACAGAGACAGCGACGGCCACAGACCCAGUGGGGUCAUGAAGCAAAUGUGACCUGCAGGCGCCAGCCCACCAUCCACAUUUUAUUUUUAAGUAGCUCCUGGAAUCCUCAUCUGGCCUCGCGCCUACCCAGGGCCCUGUCAAGGCGAAUGUUACGUGGGAUCGUGGAAAGUGGUCUGUUCCCAGAGUUUCUAGCAGCCGAGACUAGUUCUUAAAAAGGCCGUGGGUGGUACACAUCUUUAACCCCCAGCAAGAAACGUUCAGGGAACACGGAGAAUUGUGGCCACAGCUUUCUGAGAACAGCGUGGGAGGACGGGAGCCACGGGCUGGUGUGUAAUUGACGGCCCGUGACCCAGACGUGGUCCCCCCGAAGGGACGUGGACACACCACGCAGGACCUGUGCCCCUCCACGCUGUUCAUGUGGCGAUGAUGUCGGCCCGUGGCGGGGCCACGAUGCUCCCAGGAGUCGGGCAGACUUCCGCCGCGUAUGUGGAAGGAAGGACCCGGCCGGGGAAGCCGAGGGCUGGGAAGGUGACCGGGGCGGCGUCUGGAGUCUGCAUUGCCGGAGUGUUGGAGCCCAGACGGAACACAGUCUGCCCUGAGUAGGAGGUGUGGGCCGCAGGGGCGCGAGCUGGGGAUUCCCGCCAGCUCUGUUUCCAGCGCCUGGAAAGGUCACCAGAGUUUGAUUCUGGUAAAUUCUUCCUGGGUUGGGGGCUGAGUUCCCUCCCUGGGCCUGGCCUGGGACGGGCUGUCCCUCCAGUGGAGGCAGGGGCCAGCCUUGGUGAGGAAGCACGCUUACACGCUUACACGCUUACACGCUUACACGCUUACACGCUUACAUGCUUACGCUCAGACAUGACCCGGACAAUUCGUCCACAUUUCCGCCAUGACCACAUCGGUCAAACACUUGCGUGGACCGGCACCGCACAGGGCCCUGCGGCUAGGCCCCCCUUCCCCUGGAGUGUUGGCCUGAGAUACAGGAGCCCUGGGGUGGUUACAGAAUGGCACUGACCUUUCAUAAACAGCCCCACCUGUGGCCUCGUGUCCCUUGGCCAGGGUGGAGGGACAGGGCGGUGCCCGCUUUGCCGUUCUUGGGCUCUUACUGUGGGAGGCAUCGACGGCAGAGCCAAGGGGUCCUGGACGCCAUGGGGAGACUCAGAAACCAGAGGGUGGGUGGUGCCAGGGUUCACACAGCAAACCGGGGCUGAGCCAGGCCUGGGACACCGAGCCCAGCCUCUCCCCUGCGGUGUGACUGUGGGUCCUAGGGUGGACGUGCCAGGGCCCCCAGCCAGUGCAGGAGAAGCCUUUGAGCGGCUUACCUGAGAAGGACCCACGGGGAGCUGGGACCCCCAGUCUCCGUCGCACGGGCCUUUGCUGCUCUGUGGGCCCGUCUACAGCUGGGUGCCCAGGGUCCUGAAGGCUCAGGGUGGCCCUGAGGAGGCUGGAGCUUCACCGCACUUUUCAUAUGAGGAACCUGCUGCAGACGGCGUUUGCAUCGCUGUAGGGGAGGCGCACGCAGUCUCGGGUCGCGGCAGUAGGUUGAAGAGCAGCCUGUGAAUCUGAGUAAGACCCAAGUAAGAGUCCACCUGGGGCCGACUGGACCCAAAUCUGUGGGUGGGCACGUGAGUGUUCUGAGGCAUUUGGUGAGCAAGCGCGCCCUGAGACUGCCUCUGCUGACCUUGUUUCCUGAUUAAAAACUGGUGUCGCGCUCCCUGGGUUCUGGGCCGGCCGCCGCCCUGCUCACCCUCGCGGACAGCCACGGGCCCGCCUGAGCACCCCCAGCCUGCGUCCUGCUGUGCUCUGGAGCCUCUGCCCUGGUUCUUCCAGGGGCCAGGCAGGGCUGGGCAGUGGUCAGACGCCCAGCUCCAGGCUUGGUCUCAGGUGUCCCGGCUCCCCCAGCCCCAGCCUCCCCCCAAGCGCAGAGCAGAGCCCCUGGCACUGGGACAGGAACGGGGAGUUCGUGGAACUCAGGUGGCUCCUUCAACCCGGGCUGUUCACAUGGAGAGUGGACCUCCUGCCCCGGCCCGGGCCCUCUCUCUCCCCAAGGCCAGGACAGUGCUUGCGCGUCUAAGCGUGCUCGCUCUCCUGCAUGAAUGAAUGAAUGAACGAACAAGCGAAUGGACAGGACCCAGGAGCCCUGGGCUCAACCGCCGACGCUGGGGCCCCUAAGGAAGUCACCCCCUCUCUGGCCUCCGUGUGCUCAUCUGUAAGUGGGUGAGCGUGUGACCUCCAGGUCUCCCUCGUCACGGGAGAGCCCCGUGGAUUUCAGGCCUGGGUGACAGCAGCAAGGGAGUUCCCACUGAGCAGCAGGUGGCCGAGCGGCAGCCAGGUCCCGUGGGGAGCCAGCACCCCCGAGAGCAGCUAACGGGGUCCCUGUUCCCCGCAGGGCAUCUGCCUGCCCCUCGACUUAGGGACACCCAGACCCAGGCCUCGUGCUGCUGGGAGGGCCCCUGACUGCCCCGACGUCCACUGGGUCCUGGAGAAGCCCGGCUGGGAGGUGAGUGGACCUGGUGCUGGGCCGCCCAGGCGUUCUUUACCCACCCUGCUCCUCUGAGCUUUAGGGGGAGGCUCAGAGCAUCCUGUCCCGGGCCCGGAGCACCCAGGCAGCAUUAAACCCUGACGGUCGGCGUCCACCAGCCCCUCACGUUCCAUGUAGAGAAGCGGGGACAGCGAGGGGGCAGCUGCCGACCAGCGUCCACUGCAGACGAGGUGGCUGGCGGCCGCUGGUGGCCCAGCCAGGGCUUUGUGUCCAGUGUCAUGGGUGGAGCACGUGAUGUUCCAGCAGCGUUUGCCUCCGCUCACUGGGCCAGGGGGUUUGCAGGGAGCAGAGGCUCAUCUUUGCUGCGGCAUCUGGGAAGGUUUGUGGAGUUUGCCUUUGAGCUGGGGCUUGAAAAUGACUUGCAUUCGAAGCUUCAACCAACAGAUCUCAAAAGUGCCGGGCAUGGGAACACGCUGUGUACACACAGAAUGAACUCCACAGUCGGUGCAGGGCUGGAAACCACGCGUCCAACCGCCUGUCUGCGGGCCUUGUCAGAGCGUUUAUGGCGCAAGUGUGCACGGCGAAGACCUAGGAGGGGGCUUGGGAGGAACUAUUGGGAGGGGGCUUGGAAGGAACUACUGCCCAAACUCCAGACUUCUCUGACUGAUGACUCCUUGAGUGCUGAGAAGUUGAGGCCUGGCCUUCAGUAAGACGCACGUGAGGAAAUGCUGACAGCCAUCUGGAGAUGUGAAGGGAAGGUUGUUCCAGGAGGGUGGAACAGCGUGCCCAAAGACAGGAGCGUGGAGGGCCAGGAGACAAGUGUGGGAAGCAGCGGACAGCCGUGACCCCAGCUCGAGAGACGAGAAGCGGCUUAGCGGGAACUGAGGCCGACCGGCGGGUCCUGCGGGCCAGGGUGCCCUGCUGGGUGGGAAGGAGGGAGGCAUUGGAAAAUGGGUCAGGUCGCCUCUCCUAGGCUUCCGAAAGAGGACCCAUGGGCAGCCCCAAGAAAGCUCCCAACCUCUCUCACGUCCCUGCCGGGGAAGGCUCCUCCAGGGAGCUGGUGGGCAGCUGAGGGCAGGUGUGAGGGACAGCUGGUCCACCCUGACCCUGGCCUCCAGGCCCACACCUGGAGAAGUCUGUCUUGUUCGCUGAGGGGGCUCCUCUGGCACCAGGGCCUGCCCUUCCCCAUGUGUGUGCGCUCGUGGCCCACACUCUGCCUGAAUCUCUGGGCUCCAGACACGAGCGGCUUCUCUGGAGAAUCCGUUUGGCUGGUGGCGUGGACCUGGGGUGGGCUGUAAAUAUUUAAUAAGCAGCUCCCCAGGUGGAAGAAGCCUGAUUUGCAGAGUUUGCCCAUUUCCGUGGUGUGAAAACUGCCCCCUGGGCUGAUUUUGAGGUGCGGUGUUGCUGCUGGAGGGGACUUUCACCCUCAGCUGGAAGAGACGGAAACCCCUAAACAGGAAGGGACGAGACCCUAGUGCCUGUCGCUUCUGAGAUGAAUGUAUUUAACUCUACGUUGAUAUCAUUUAAUUUUAAUGAUGAUUGUGUUUCUUGACAGUUAGCAAAACCCUUGGAAAGGGAACAGUCAGCUCUGGAGAGCCGGACCCAGCACGUCCCGCCUGCCUCCGGCACCUGGAGGCUUUCUCAGUGACAAACCGUUUCUGUUUCUGUCUUGU